GCACAGUGUGUACCUUCUGGUUUGAUAAUUAUCUCCCCGGUGACUGACUAGAGCCUGUAUAAAAGUGGCAGUGUUUCUACUUACCAAAGUCACUGAAGGAUGCUGCAGCCACAAAUCAUCACAGUGUUUCUCUUCCAUACAUUUCUCCAGCAGACUGUGACUGGGAGUGUGAUAGUAAAUGGACACGCAGUUCCAGCUGGAGAGAUGCAGUACAUGGCCUCAGUGGAGAAUUUGAUGGGUCAUGCGUGUGGGGGCUUCUUAGUGAGCGAUCGCUUUGUGCUCACUGCAGGUCACUGUUUGGAAGAUAAGCCACGCUACGUUAAAUUGGGCAACCAUAGCAGGGAUAAUGGACAAGAGUUUAAAAUUGAGCGUACGGUCCGGCACCUGUCUUUUAAAAACAAGCCGUAUGAAAAUGACCUGCUGCUGCUUAAAUUAAAGAAUAAAGUUAAGCUGGGGAAAAGCAUACGGACAAUACAACUUCCAAAUGCGGACAUGCAAGUCAAAGCACAUGAUUCGUGUCAGGUUGCAGGAUGGGGAGCAAAAGAGGUAGGUGGUACAGUGGUUAAAAACUUAAUGGUCACCAAUGUGUCCAUUAUAGACACAACCACGUGUAAGAAGCAAUGGUCUCGCCUUCCACACAAUGUCAUCUGUGCUGGAGAAUCCCCAGUGGAAAGAAGAUUUCUCGAGGGUGACUUUGGUGGCCCUUUGGUGUGCAACGACACUGCAGUUGGACUUCUAUCUUUCAGUACAUUUGAAAAGAAGAUUGUACCUAAUGUGUUUGUUGACAUUUCAAAAUAUCUUGCCUGGAUAAAAGAAACAAUACAAAAGUGUCACAGUUUCCUCACACACACACAUUUGUCAGUGAAGAUGCAACCUGGACAAAUGAUUGCCGUGUUUCUCCUUCUCUCCUGUUUACAGCAGACUGUGACUGGGAGCGCCAUAGUAAAUGGAAGCAUUGUCCCAAGUGACGAGAUGCAGUACAUGGCUUCACUGCAGAACGUCUAUGGUCGUCAUGUGUGUGGCGGCGUCUUAGUGAGUGACAAGUUUGUCCUCACUGCAGCUCACUGUUUUAAUGCUCAACCUGUCCGUGUAGUCCUGGGUAGCCACAACCUCAAAAAAUCUAAUAAUGGACAAACUAUCGAUAUUGACAAGAUUUUCAAGAAUGAUUCGUAUAGCGGUGUGGACCUUGGGAAUGACUUGAUGCUGCUAAAACUGAACAAAAGCUCUGAGGGAAACGGUGUGAAUAAAAUACAUUUCCCAACUGAGAAUAUGCAUAUCAAGGCACAUGAUUUGUGCCAGGUCGCAGGAUGGGGAGCAACACACACAAACGGUGUAAAUGUCAACGAGCUGAGGGCCACUAACGUGUCCAUCAUAGACAAGAAAACCUGUAAGGAGGUGUGGGGUCACCUCCCAGACAACAUCAUCUGUGCUGGAGGAUACAACACCAUGAAAGGAUUUUGUCAGGGUGAUUCUGGAGGUCCCCUAGUGUGCAACAAUACUCUAGUGGGAAUUGUAUCUUUCAAUAGAAGGGGCAACUGUACCUACCAAAACGAAGCUCCCAACGUGUUUGUAGAUGUUUCCAAAUACACGGAAUGGAUCUUUAAAACUAUUGCCCUCAACUAAAAACGCAUACGAAAAUGUGCUUUGUGUACGGAAUGCAAAA